UCAGUUUAAAACUAUUAAAGUCGCAACCUUUUCCUCAGAAAGAGAAAGUGGGCAAUGGUGGGAUGAGGAUAAAGGGGAGAAGAAGAAGAAGAAGAAGGGAGGGGCAUGGCGAGAGGGGAAUGUGGGGUUCAACUUCAACCAAGAGGGAAGUGGAUUUGUUCCUACAAGAAAAUCACUCUUGUAGUUUGCUUUUUCAACAUCGCCAUUUCUCUCUGCUGUAUUCGAUUUCUUUAUGGUUCUCUUUAUAUCUACUCUGGUAGCAUUGCACGAAACAUUGUGGUGUAUAGAUCAGAUCAGAUUUGGAAAAUGGAAGAAUCAUAUGAAAUUCGGAAGGCAUACAAACCGGUGGAGUUAGUGAAAUGGGUGAAGGCAUUUGAAGGGGAGUUUUCAAGUGAAAAUGUGGCAGUUGAGUUGCCUCAGCAUUUGAAACAGAAAAUAAUUGAUGAGGUCUUGCUGAGACUAGGGAGCUUGAAUAGCAGCAGCACAAACAUCUCCCACUCCCAGGGUAUUGCUAAGCAGCGAGAAGCAGUUGAAAAUUGGCGGAAGGAAAAACUGAAAGAGGUUAAGUUGGCUCUUGUCAGAGGGAUUUCCAACUCAACCAUCUCUAAUGAAGAAGCAGGAAUGCUAGUAAAAGCUUUGGAAUCUGGUUGGGCUGUGCUUUCUGAAGAAAUUGGCCUUUGGAUGCCUGUUGAAGUUGCUAAUAAAGAACAUGAUGACAAACCUGAGGGCAUACAUGAGUUAGAGGAGGAAGUUCUUCCUGGCAGGCCCCUUCCACCUGAGUGUAAUGCUGAACUUCACUCAGAUUAUGAUGGUACUGCAGUAAGGUGGGGUCUUACUCACCACAAAGAUAGUGCGGCCGAUUGCUGUCAGGCUUGCUUGGACCAGGCCAAACGUGCCAAAGAAGGUGAAAAAAAAUGCAAUAUCUGGGUCUAUUGUCCAUCAGAGUAUGGGUGUCAUUCGCCAGAUAUAUAUCAGCACAAACAUCAGGAAUGCUGGCUGAAAUAUGCUGAGAAUCCCAAACUAAAUUUCAAGGAUAGAUAUCCUGAAUGGUAUAGAAAUUCACAGCCAUCUGCGCCAGUGAUUGUUCCAUGGGUCUCUGGAGUUGUUCGCGCAUGAGAUAAAUAACCAACACAGAAGGUAACAUGAUCAACCAGAGUCCAGAGCUACCUUGUUGAUUGAUUACAGGCACGCAAAGCUAGCUUUGGCAAAGCCUUUGUCAUGCUUUGUGGAUUAUACUAUUGUUCUUCAACAUGUUUUUGCCUUUUUCGUUAAAUGAAAUGAAAUGGGGUGCAAAGUAUUUUCCCUAGUGGUCACUUACUCAUUUAGGACUUGGUUCUGGUCAAAGUGCGGUUUUUGACAGAUUCACCAUCUAAGUGCCUAGGAUUUUUCCUCCUAGACCGGUCUAACACUGAGGCGAAAUGACUUAGGUUUGUUUGUUUGAAAUUCUUGGAUGGUGCAAUCGGACGUUUGACCACAGAACAAAUAUCUUGAUUGCUUUAAAAGUGCAUUGGGAAGUGUUAUUUCCCGUGUGUGUUCACCAAAAUAUGAACUAAAGAUGCACUAACUGAUGAGGAAGAAGUUUUGUUUUGAGCUGUCUGAUAUCAUAAUUCAUUGUAUCUGUGGGAUUUAUAAUCCUACUUAAAAUAUAG